GGGGGGAUUUACUGCUGUGGAGAGUUGACACUGUCAAGUCACACAUUGCCACUAUAUGUAUCCGUUUAGGACUCCAAAUAUCAGCAUUUAUAUCCGUUUUCAUAUUUAAAUCCGAAAUUCAAUCACUUUUUUUAAUUGUCAUAAAUAACAACGAAAUUCCAUUGGAGCAACCCAGCCAUACAUAGUAGGUGUAAAAUUGCAUAAUAGUGCAGAGUCCCAUAAUGCCCAUUAUAAAUAGAGUCCAGUGGAGUGCAAAAUUGGUGUUGCCUAAACCUGAAAGUAUUGGUUUGUUUAUUAAAAAAAAAAGUUUUUAUUUUCAUAGAAUUAAAACCUUUUGCUCAUUGGACGACUUGUUGCAUCCUGUGGGCUCUCGGUCCCAAUGCACAGCUUUUUAAUCUCAAGAUCCCCUGUGAACCUUCUGUAUAGAUGGUGUCAAGUUUGUUUGUAUCGCGCUUUUAACAAUAGACAUUGUCCCAAAGCAGCUUUACAGAAUCUGAAUGACCCAAGACAUGAGCCAAUUUUAUCCCUAAUCUAUCCCCAAUGAGCAAGCCCGUGGUGACUGUGGCAAGGAAAAACUCCCCCAAAUGCCACAAGGAAGAAAACUCGAGAGGAACCAGACCCAAAAGGGAACCAAUCCUCACCUGGAUGACGACAACAGACAUGACUAUAACAGUUUUAACAUGAAGUCAGUUUCGUUGAUGUUAUAAACUCUUCAUUGAUGGAAACUUGAGUGCAAAACUGUUCAUGACAACUGCAGUCCUAAAGUUAGCAAGUCAACUGUAGUCCUCAGCCACAAAAGCAUUCCUGCAAGUGUCCAGAGUGUCUUCCAAGUGUGACUUUCAACUGUCCAUAUGGGGCCGUCCUCCUCCACAGGAGCGACGCGAUGAGACUCCAGCCAGACACAGGGCAUCAGGAUGGAUCAGGCAGGUUGGAGGAGCAGAAGAGGUCAGCACCUCGAUCCCAGGAUUGACAUAUAACUCAGAGGGACAGAUUGGAGGGGGGGGGAGAAGAGAGAGAAAACACAGGUUGUUGGGUAUGCCCAAUGUCACCUGAAUAAAUAGGUACAGUAUGCAUUUUGAGCGGAGUACAAGCAGGGACUCCGGCAAAACUAGCUAUGACAGCAUAACUAAAAGGGGAGAGCCAGAAGGUAACACAGGCAUGAGGGAGCCCUGGGACAUAAAGCAGCCAGCCACUACACAGUCAACAAACUCAAGUGAGCAAAUGAGUGGGGGACUGACAGCAUCCAUACAUCCCAGUUUACCAAAACGCACUAUGUCUGAGGACCCUCCAGAUCUACACCUUUACCUCAUGAGCAUCAUUAACGAAAGGCUUGACUAAACGGAAGUUUUCAGCCUAGACUUAAAUGCUGAGACUGUGUCUGAUUCCCAAACACUACUUGGAAAGGCUGUUCCAUAACUGUGGGGCUUUGUAAGAAAAGGCUCUGCCCCCUGAUGUAGCCUUCACUAUACGGGGUACCAGCAGAUAGCCUGCACCUUUUGAUCCAAGUAGGCGUGGUGGGUCAUGAAGGACCAGAAGUUCGCUCAGGUACUGUGCGCGCGAGACCAUUCAGUGCUUUGAAGGUCGAAGUGUGUGCAUCCUAUUUGUAUUGCGUUACAUACUUGCUGCAUAGUUUGGGUUUGCUACUUAUUGUUCUUUGUCACUGCUAAAGGACAACCUUUACUUAGUAUUGCUUAGCAUGCGGUCAAGGGGAGGGAGAAUGGACCUUCUGAUGGUCAGGCCAGGGGAGAUGGCAGACUGUUUCAUCUUUAUCAGCACAUGAAUGUAACCAUGUACUACCAGCCAUAAGCUCUGCCUUGAACUCUUCUGCAAGUUACAGUUCUAAUCAUUCAUAGAUGGCAAGUAACAGCAAUAUCUUAAUUAUCUUAGAACCAAGUCUUUGAAUUAAUUGUAAAUGAGAAACCUCCAAACAGCAACAGCCUCUUACUGGAUGAUGACUCUGAGAAACCCAGUCACCCUGAGGAGGACUGGUUGCACUAUGCAGAAACAAGUGUCUGGAACCAAGGUCAGGAUGUGUUCCAUCAACCGAAAAGCCAUCAAGGAGUUUCUGCAUCGCAACUCGUAUGUGCUCUUCACUGUGGGAGCAGUUGUAGGAGGAAUCAUUUUGGGAUUUGCUGUGCGACCUCAAAACUUAUCACUGAGAGAAAUAAAGUAUUUAUCCUUCCCUGGAGAGUUACUGAUGAGGAUGCUACAAAUGAUGGUCCUUCCACUCAUAGUAUCAAGUCUUGUUACAGGUGUUUCAUAUUUGGACAGUAAAGCCACGGGAAAGAUGGGAGUGCGGGCUACCGUUUACUAUAUUGUGACUACUUUGAUUGCUGUGUUUAUUGGUAUUGUCAUGGUGUCCAUCAUAAGACCUGGAAAAGUCAAAAGAGACACUCCGAUGUCUAAUAGUAGCAGUGCUGAGUCAGUGACAGCUGCUGAUGCAUUUCUUGAUCUACUUAGAAAUAUGUUCCCUUCUAAUUUGGUGGAAGCCUGCUUUAAACAGUACAAAACACUUUACAUGAAAACAGUUUUGACAAAGAACAUCACUGUUAUGGUGAAUGGAAGUGGUCUUAUUAAUGCCACUGAGUCCAGUCAAAUGGGAAAUUACAGCACAGUCGUGCAGACCGUCCAGGAGCAAGUGGAGAUUAUUCCAGUCUCUGGCUCCUCUAAUGGAGUGAAUGCGCUGGGUCUAGUGGUGUUCUCCAUGUUCUUUGGCUUUGUGAUUGGGAAAAUGAAGCAGCAGGGCCAGCCACUAAAGGACUUCUUCAACUGCCUCAAUGAUGCCAUAAUGCGCUUGGUAGCAAUCAUUAUGUGGUAUGCUCCAGUCGGUAUCCUCUUUCUAAUUGCUGGAAAGAUUGUUGAAAUGAAAGACCUAUUACAAGUUGGAAGACAGCUGGGAAUUUACAUGUUGUGUGUCAUCGCUGGUCUGCUCAUCCACAGCCUCAUUGCUCUGCCUCUAAUUUUCUAUUUGAGUACACGGAAAAACCCCUAUACCUUCAUCUCUGGUCUGCUCCAGGCUUUAAUUAUGGCCUUUGGAACAUCCUCAAGUUCAGCCACCCUUCCUGUCACCUUCCGUUGCUUGGAAGAGAACAAUCAUGUCGACAAACGAGUAACGCGCCUUGUAUUGCCUGUGGGAGCUACCAUAAACAUGGAUGGUGGAGCUAUGUACGAAGCAGUGGCUGCCAUUUUCAUAGCCCAAGUUAAUGACAUAGACCUGAACUUUGGACAAAUCCUUACCAUCAGUAUCACAGCGACUGCUUCCAGCAUUGGAGCAGCAGGCAUUCCUCAGGCUGGUCUGGUAACUACAUUGAUUGUACUGACAUCCUUAGGACUGCCCACCGAGGACGUAGCACUCCUCAUUGCUGUGGAUUGGUUCCUGGAUCGCCUCAGAACCACCACCAAUGUGCUGGGAGAUUCAUUCGGAGCUGGCAUCGUGGAACAUCUAUCAAGAGAGGAACUGCAGAAGCUGGAUGCUGAGAUCAGCAGCUCUGUGAUUGAGGUCAAUGAAAAACCUUACCAGCUCAUCUGCCAGGAGAAUGAAGGUCUCAGACAUCGAAACAGUGAAACAACAAUGUAAUAACAUUAUACUAAACAGCAGCUAGAAUGGUACUGUUUAAGUAUUGUAAGUAAGAGCGUCAGCGAUGGAAAACACAAAUACUUAAACACAAACUUUUCAUGAGUAACCCAAAACAUCAGAAAAUAUAGCCAUUAACCCUGUAAUAGGCACAGAAGGAAAUACUUGUGGGGGAACAUUUUAUGUUCAUUCUUACAAACUGGCUCACACUCAAAAGAAUGUCAUUCAUUUUCCUUCCUUUCAAUUCACCCAUUAGACUAGGAGUUAUGAAAAAUCUACUGGCUGGUUAAAAUGGUAAGGUAAUAGUAGAAACACCUACUGAACAUGAUGGACCAGCAUACUGAUUUUGCUUUUGCAACUACAAAUCUAAUGAAUUUUGAUUGUACACUUUUUUCCAUGAGAUUACAAUUAAAUAUUUUUCGGUAUUUAGUCUCCCACACGCAUUAGACAGGAUGAGAUCAUGACCAUCACCACCUCUGUAAAACAGACAAACAAAUACAACAAUCAAAUUUUACAUAUCCUUCACAGUUACGAAUGUUAUUCCACUUAUUUAGUCUUCAUUUUAGUUAAUUCUAUUUUUGUAAAUAUAAAAUUUAAUGCCUGUAACACCAAAAAAAAGUUAAUGUAUAGGAUAUUCAGGUAAAAUCAUUUUGGAAGAUUCCAAUAAAAUGGAUACGGGUUGUUUUUUUUUUUUUGUUUUUCCCAUAACGUUCUUUUAACCUGUUUUAUUAUUAAGCUUAGAUUACAUGCAUCUGCCAUACAAGCCCCCAUGAAUGAGCUUUUAAUCUAGAAAUGCUGGGGUAAUGCUGGCCAGUGAUCGGACAGUUAAAGUGAGUUCAAAUCCCAGCGCUGCCAUUGCCAGGGUUUGUGUCUGCCAAAUGUCAUAAAUGUAAAAGCUAAUGGAUUAGAAUGAGUGCAUUAAUAUUACCAUCUGUCAUUACUGUGAGAGCUGCUAUUAUCAUACUUGUCAACCUAACUGUAAAGAAAUCUAGAGAUGGGUGACAGAAAACCUAUAGAAUUCAGCACAAACUUUGAGUCACUGUAAACCCUUGUGACGGAGUGCCCGUUGCUACAGUUGAGUAUGUGCUCUGACUACCAUACCAAGAAGCCUGGCUCUUUGAAUCAUUUCACAGAUGGCGGUGCGCAGUGGUGCAGCGGCUUCUUGGCUCCCGGUUAGCGCACGACCCCUUCCUACCUUUUUCUAUUAAUUCGUGCAACAAACUGAGGCUGAAAUACAGCACACAGGACCUAUUUAUUCUGGGGAACCUGAAUGUGGGACUGAAACCAGACAUCAAGGCAGCGUUAGGACGUUUGGGGCUACUAAAGGAGGGUGGAAAACAAAACAGCAGCACGCAAGGAGACAACGGUCUGCCCAGAGGCGGAAGAGAGCCGGCCUGCUAGCUAGGCUAAGGGCUAACAACAGACCUGCUCUUCCAACUCUGCUCCUGUCUAACGUCCGCUCUCUGGACAACAAGAUCGACCUGUUCAGGCUGAGACUGAACUUCCACAAGGAGAUGAGGAAUUGUGCUUUCCUGCUCACCGAGACCUGGCUGAACGACAACAUGCCGGACUCCGUGUACCACCUGGACGGACUACUUUUUCUUCCACACUGACCGCGAUCAGCUGUCAGGGAAAAGCUGUGGUGGAGGACUCUGUGCUUUAAUAUCAACAAGAACUGGUGCACAAACUGCGUCCUGGUAAGCCAGCAUUGCUCUGAAUCUGUGGAGUUUGUCGCUAAAGUGCCGCCCGCAUUACUUGCCUUGGGAGUUUAUGGUAGUGCUGCUGGUGAUUGUUUAUAUUCCUCUGCGCAUGCACACCGGCACGAUGCUGAUGGAGCUGCACGCGCAUGUCAGCGAGUUGCAGGAUCAACACCCAGGGGCAUUUUUUGUGAUUGCUGGGGACUUUAAUCAUGCCUGCCUGAUGGACUGCCUGCCCUGGUUUUACAAGAACAGACAUUGCAACCAGGGGAGGCAAUACUCUGGACCAGGUCUACACCAGUGAGGGGGGGGGGGGGGUAUACUGUGGUGCCACGGCCCCACCUGAGCUUCUCUGUUCUGCUGGUCCCUGCCCAUCAACCUGGGGUGCUGUGUGAGACGGCUGCCUCUCCAGUAGCUCUGCAGUUUUUAGCUCUUUAAACCUUUUUUUUUUCUCCACCUUUUUUACUUUUCUGCUCUUCUUACAAAGACAUGGUGUGUUUUAUCACAUGGAUAUUUUUAACUUUAACACGCAACCAGGAGCUAGUUUUCUUGCUUAUUCAAGAGAGGAGCUGCUGGCCCUGAAAACAAUGGGAUGAGCCGGAGUAUGACACCCCAUCCCAGCGGAGCUGAGGAGGAAAUCCAGGGGCUGCAAAGCCAGAGCUAAGCUAAAGGCUAGGCUAGCAGACAACCGGCGGUGCUACAAACCAUCCAUUCCCUCGGUUAUCAUGGGGAACGUGAACUCGCUGCCGAAUAAGGUUGACGAGCUAUCUGCACUGAACAACCAGCGGAUUUAUCAGGAGAGCAGCUUAUUUAUCUUUACGGAGACAUGGCUAACACACCUUGUACCGGAUGCUAACGUGGACCUGUGGGGAUUCACUGCUGUGAGAGCCGACAGAGACACUAAAGCAGGCGGGAAAGGCAAAGGUGGGGGACUCAUCAUUUACGUGAACAACCGCUGCUGUAACCCGGGACAUAUCUCUGUAAAGACAGUUUUAUGUUGCCCAGACUUGGAGCUGCUAGCUGUUAGCCUCUGGCCAUAUUAUCUGGUGAGGGAGUUCAGUCAUGUGAUCACCAUCUGUGUUUAUAUCCCUCCAAGGGCUGACGCAGCCGCUGUGUGUGAGAGGAUUCACUCCGUCACAGCACCCUGAGGCAUUUAUAAUCAUUUCUGGGGACUUUAAUCACGCUACUUUGGACUCCACUUUGGCUGCUUUUUACCAGGUUGUGGACUGUCCAACAAGGAACAACAUGACAAUUGACUUGCUGUAUGCUAAUGUGAGGGAUGCAUACAGAGUCACACCCCUCCCCCCACUAGGGAAGUCUGACCAUAACCUGGUUUGUUUACAGCCAAAGUACACCCCCCUGGUUCAAAGGCAGUCUGCAACAACUAGCUCCAUCAGGAGGUGGUCCCCUGAAAUGGAAGAUGCUCUCAGAGACUGCUCGGACAUCACGGGCUGGGAUGUGCUGCUUAGCCCACACUGUGAGGACACAGAGGGGCUGACACGCUGUCUGACGGAUUACCUCAACUUCUUUGCGGACAUGGUCUCCCCCACUAAGACUGUACAAUGUUACCCUAAUAACAAGCCAUGGGUAGCACAGAAAGUCAAAGCUGUCCUCAACAGGAAGAAGGCCACCUUCAGGGACAGGGAGGCAAUGAAAGUAGCACAGCAGGAGGUAAAACGCUGCGUGAGGGAAGCUAAGGACAGCUACAGGAGAAAGGUGGAGCAGAAGCUGAAGGAAAACAGCAUGAGGGAGGUCUGGGAAGGUGUGAAAACCAUCACAGGCAACAAUACAAAGACCAGAGUCGUUGAGGGGACAGUGGAGAGGACGAACGAGUUGAAGGAGUUCUUCAACCAAUUCAACCAGCCCACGUUUCCCCCCCCACUGCAGCCAUCUCUCCUUCUUCCCUCAACACACCUCCCCCCCAGUCAUCGCAGCAGCCCCCACCUCAACACAGACUCCUCCAUGCAUUAUUGCAGACCAGGUCAGAGGUCAAUUGAAGAAGCUUCACCCCAGGAAAGCAGCAGGCCCGGACAAGGUGUGUCCCCAACUACUGAAGACCUGUGCUGCUGAACUGGGUGAACCACUCCAACACAUCUUCAACCUCAGCCUACAGCUGGGGAGUGCGCCCACCUUCUGGAAGACAUCAUGCGUCGUUCCAGUUCCCAAAAAGAAUCGGCCCAGUGAGCUGAACAACUUCCGACCGGUGGCACUCACUUCACAUCUGAUGAAGAUGUUGGAGCGGCUCAGCCUCCUCAGACCCCAGUUACAGCAUGCCCAGGACUGUCUGCAGUUUGCGUACUGGGCAGGUGUCUGUGUGGAAGACGCCAUCCUCUACCUGCUACACUGAGCCCACUCGCAUCUGGAUAAGGGAAAUGGCACAGUGAGGAUCCUCUUCUUGGACUUCUCGAGUGCCUUCAACACUAUCCAGCCUCUUUUUGCUUCAGGACAAACUGAGCAGGAUGUGAGUGGACCCCUGCCUGGUCACCUGGAUCUCCAGCUACCUCACUGAUGGGCCACAGUACAACAGGCUGAAAGACAUCACGUCUGACACUGUGAUUAGCAGCACUGGCGUACCCCAGGGCACGGUGCUGGCCCCUCUUCUCUUCACUCUGUACACCGCGGACUUCUGCUACAACUCGAAGCUGUGUCACAUUCAGAAGUUUGCCAAUGAUGCAGCCAUCGUUGGGUGAAUCAGUGACGACAGAGAGGAGGAGUAUAGGAGUGUGGUGCAAUAGGAACCAUCUGCAGCUCAACACCUUGAAGACCAAGGAGCUGGCCAUUGACUUUGGGAGGUCCAGACCAAGGUCAUGACCAGUUCUGAUUGAGGGAGUCGAGGUGGAGGCUGUGGAUUCCUACAAGUACCUCGGGCUGUGGCUGGACAGUAAGCUGGACUGGACUUGCAACACCAAACACUUGUACAGGAAGGGACAGAGCAGGCUAUACUUCCUUAGGAGGCUGCAGUCCUUUAACAUCUGCAGGAAACUCCUGUGGAUGUUCUAUCAGUCUGUGGUCACCAGUGUCCUGUUUUACACCAUGGUGUGCUGGGGGGCAGCACAUCCAAGAAGGACACAUCCAGGCUGGACAAACGGCCCGCCUGAUCAGGCUCUGUGGUCGGCGUGACGGUGGCAGAGAAGAGGACUAUGGAAAAACUAUUGAACAUCAUGGACGAUGCCAGUCACCCUCUGCACACAAUCAUCAGCAACCAGAGGAGCCUGUUCAGUGACAGAAUGCUCCUUCCCAAGUGCAGGAUGAACAGACUUAAAAACUCCUUUGUCCCUCAUGCCAUCAGACUGUACAACUCCUCUCUGGGGGGAGGAGGGGUAACAGGAGGACAGAGGACGGGGAGGAGCAGUAGCCUAGCCUAACAAUAAGCAAUAUUGGACAAUGUGCAAUAUAAAGUGCAAUGUCUCUCCUGCUGGUCCCCCUUCCCCAUAUCUUAUUCUUUUUUUUAUAUUUUGUAUAUGUAAAUACUUAAUUUAUCUAGAAGGGUUUUUUUCUCCAUUUUCUAUUCUCUGUUUAUCCUGUAACGAUGCUGCUGGAAUCUUAAUUUCCCUGAGGGAACCUUCCCAAAGGGAUCAAUAAAGUUCUAUCUAAUCUAAACCUGUGCUGAAAAACAACCGGCCAACACGGAAGACCAUCACUGUGUGUGCCAGCACAGCAGUCCCUGCACUGCAGGACUGCUUUGAGCGGAUGGACUGGUGGGUCUUCAGGGAAGCUGCUACCACUGGUGAAGGUGUAGAUCUGGAGGAGUACACCUCGGCCGUCUCCGGCUUCAUCCAGAAAUGCAUCAAUGAUGUCACCACCACCAAGAACAUCACCAUACGUCCCAACCAGAAGCCGUGGAUAAAUGGUGAGGUUCAGCGUCUCCUGAGAGCACGUGAGACAGCUUUCAGAUCUGGAGAUGCACUGGCACUGAGAGCGGUGAGGAGAGACCUCCAAGUGGGUGUGACAUGGGCAAAAAGAGCACAUGCUGACAAAAUCCAGGGCCACUUUGCAUCCAGUGACCCUCAGAGCAUGUGGCAGGGCAUAAAGGCAACCACAGGUUACAACAGGAAGAACGCCAAGUGUCCUCAGGACCCAUCCCUGCCAGACGCCCUCAACGCCUUUUUAUGCCCGUUUUGAACCCGCCCCCCCACCACCUGCACCAGGCUCACUAUCCCAGAGGGUGAGCUACCAUCAUUCAGCGUGUCAGCAGAUGACAUGAGGAGGACUCUGCAGCGUGUCAACUCCUGUAAGGCAACAGGCCCAGACAACAUCCCAGAGAGGGUCCUGAAGGCCUGCGCACAUGAGUUCACUGAGGUGUGGACAGACAUCUUUAAUAUCUCUCUCUCCCAGGCUGUGGUGCCAGUGUGCGUGAGGACAUCUUCCAUCGUCCCAGUGCCCAAGUGUGCAGCAGUGAGGAGCAUGAACGACUAUCGACUGGUGGCUCUCACCCCGAUAGUUAUGAAAUGCUUCGAACGCCUGGUCAUGGACCACAUUUAAGGAGAAGGUAGGCACAAAUUUAGACCCAGACCAGUACACAUACAGGAGGAACAGGUCCAUAGAGGACACCAUCUCAUCCGUCGUCCACUCUGCUCUCACCCACCUGGAGAGCAGAGAUGCCUAUGUGAGGCUGCUCCUCCUGGACUUUAGCUUGCCGUUCAACACAAUCGACCCGCAGACUUUAGUCAACAAACUGCUGCCACUUGGAUUACCACCAUCCCUCUGCAACUGGGUACUGGAUUUCCUGACACACAGGCCACAGACAGUGAGGAUCCAUGGCGUCUCCUCUUCUACCAUCAUCCUCAACACCGGCUCCCCCCAGGGUUGCGUCCUCCGCUCCCUGCUCUACGCUCUGCUCACAUAUGACUGCUCCGCUAAACAUCCGGGCAGUCGUAUUGCAAAGUUCGCAGACGACACGGUGGUGGUGGGACAGAUAUCCCACAGUGACAAGUCAGCGUACAGACAGGAAGUGGAGGACCUGGUGGACUGGUGUAGGGACAACAAUCUCUGCAUCAAUGUGGGGAAAACAAAGGAGAUGGUUGUGGACUUCAGGAGAGGUGACCACGCUCCUCCCCCCUCUACAUCAGAGAAGCUGUAGAGAUGGUUCACAGCAUCAAGUACCUGGGGGUCUACAUCUCUAGUGACUUGAAGUGGACCACGAACACAGCCAGCGUGGUCAAGAAGGCCCACCAAUGCCUCUACUUUUUGAGGAAGCUAAGGCAGUCCGGACUGAGCCCUGCAGUCCUGGGACCUUCUACAGGUGUGUGGUGGAGAGCACACUGAUCACCUCCUGAUAUGGAAACUGCUCGGCUGUGGACAGGAAGGCUCUGCAGAGGGUGGUGCGCACAGCACUGAAAAUCACCCGUUGCAGCCUGCCGUCCAUAGAAGACAUCAACAGCCAGUGCAGGAGCAGAGCAGCCCAUGUCAUAGGUGACUCCACUCACCCAGCAAACAGUAUUCAGCCUCCUCUCCUUAGGAAAAAGACACUGCAGCAUCAGAGCCAAAACAUCAAGGCUCCAGCGCAGCUUCUUCCCAGAAGCUGAGAGACUAAUGAACACUAAGCCUAAGCUCUGAUGCUGCCCCCCCACUCCCCUCAUUUUGCACAUGUAUUGAAGUUUUCAGUGUUCACCUGAACACACUUUAAUCAUGCUUGCACUAUUUUCUAUUCUCAUCUCAUUAUCUCUAGCCACUUUAUCCUGUUCUACAGGGUCGCAGGCAAGCUGGAGCCUAUCCCAGCUGACUAUGGGCGAAAGGUGGGAUACAACCUAGACAAGUUGCCAGAUCAUCGCAGGGCUGACGGACACACACAACCAUUCACAUUCACACCUACGGUCAAUUUGGAGUCGCCAGUUAACCUAACCUGCAUGUCGUCUGUCUUUUCUAUUUUAUUUUUUUAUUUUAAUUCUUCUAUUUAUAUAUGCUGCUGGCCCUGAGGCACAAAUUUCGUUUACAUGUGAAAACAUGCAAAUGACAAAGAACUUUGACCUUGACCUUUUGGUGUUGUGGUCAGGGUGCAGAUUUGGUAUCCUGUAGACCUGGGUUCAAGGCAGGAUAAGGUGACUGUUCACUUGCUUGACACCCCACCCCCAAGAAAAGGUUCUCCACAUGUUUCCUUUUCUCUCUCUAUUAUCAUUGUAACACUGGCUGUAAUUUCAGCAGUGCAGUGAGUGUUUCAAUAAUCAUACUGAUCCUUUGAUUUUCAUUUUAUUUCAGUUUUGAUUUCAGUAUUUUGGUAUGCUUUGAGUGUAACAACAAAAACAUGAAACAAAACAUUUAGUCUCAAAUGUAAACUGUAAUUUUAUAGGCAUGCUGAUUCUGACUAUCAGAUUUGAGAAUUCAACAGAGCAAGUUGAUAGUUUACUGUUUGAUGUUUAGAUAAUCUAUUCACUAUUACACUGUCACUUUUGCACUUUAUUUGAUCCAUUUGUCCAUUUGACAUCUCUUUUAAAAAUUCUUAGAAUAUCUGAAGACUUUUGACUGGAAAUCUGUACUGUAUUAACCUACAUUAUCAUGGGUUAUUAAGACAGACAUCUGUUGACUUCAUUCAGAAUCAAUUGAGAAACUGAUUCAUAGCAGUCUAUAUAUGGUUUCUUGGCUGGAGAGAGUCUGAAGGGGAAUAUCUUGUACAUGGACUAUCCUGUAUAAAAUGAUGCUUGUUAUUUUACUAGUGUAUGUUGAUGGUACAGAUUUCCAGUCAAAAGUUUUCAGCUAUUCUAAAUUUUUAGAGAUGUCAACACACUAAUGUUAUUUGUUUUCAAAAAGCUUAUAGGAGAGAGCAAGAGGAACUCCUGAUGAGCGAGUGUAAAAUGUGUUCAUAAGUGGUGGCCAGAUUUAUCACACAUUAUGUUACGGGCAGAGCUGUUGGCCCAGGAGGCUGUAUUUGAUAUGCUAUAGAUGCUCAUUACUGUUUACAGUAUAUUCACCAUGUGCCUCCGUCAGAGGUUUCACGCGGAAUGUUAUAAAGCUUUGUCUAUCAUCCUGAUGUGUCAUUCAUGCACAAUGUAAAGUGUGUGCGUGUUGAGUGUGUUGUGUUCAGUACUUUCCCUCCUCAAUUUGUUAACUUGUAGAGCUUUGCACACUUGGUUGAGUGGAGCAAGGUAUGUAACAUUCAGAGCAUAGUCUGUAAACAAUACUCUGCAAAAUUGUGUAUUUGUUUACCUUCGUAGUCUGGUGGUCAAGUGUCUGAGAGACAUUGCGCUUACGAUCGAGUACCCAGUGGUGGUACACGAACAUUGUUCAUACGAACGUCACAUGGUCAGAAAAGCCAUCAAAAAUCGGGUCUGUGCAUUAUCAUAUUCUCUUCAGUCUGGAGCUUCACUCCACGCUUUGCUUGCAGGGAGCUCCACUAAUAAUUCCAUGGCAGACUUCUGGGCGGGUUUUAUAAGUAGUCUUGUACAUUUACUUGUAUGCUGUUGGUUAAUAGAUGGCUGUUCUGUUUUUAAUACUUUUUUUUUUUGGAGACUGGGAACUAAAUGUUUUACUUUUUUUGUAUCAAAACAAUCCAGCAUAUAAGUAUGUAACAGUGCAACAUUUUAAUGAUUAAAGAAAAAAAAAAGACCCAUGGAAA